GCACAAAUUACUGUUGCACACGGUUGUUUGGUUUACCACUGGCCAGUUAGCAUCGCUAGCUACAAACGCAGAACUUCUCCUUUAACUAUUAGCGGCUGAACAGUUAGCGCGACAAAAUGAAACCUGCAGUGGAUGAGAUGUUCCCCGAAGGAGCUGGUCCUUACGUGGAUCUGGACGAGGCAGGGGGCAGCAGUGGCCUACUCAUGGACCUGGCAGCCAACGAAAAAGCUGUUCACUCAGAUUUCUUUAAUGAUUUUGAGGAUCUGUUUGAUGAUGAUGACCUGCAGUGAAGACAGCGGCUGAACACCUGUUUGAUUCAGUUAAACAUGUAUAUAAAAAACAUCUUUACAAGUCUCUUAUUUGUACAGCCUCCCUUGGAUAAAUCACUCAGCCCAAUAUUGAAAUAAAGCCUUUUUGUUUGUACAAAAAAAA